CGUAACUUCAAAAAUAGAAAAACUCUAGGUCUAUACUGUUUGUGUAGAAACUGUAAAAAUGAAUGCUCCGUCAACUUUUGAAUCAUUUCUCUUGUUUGAAGGAGAAAAGAAAAUAUACAUAGAAAAAGAUUCAAAAAUUCCUAAUGCUGCCAGCUUCACAGUGAAUAAAGAAGACCACACAUUGGGCAAUCUAAUCACAACUCAGCUCCUGAAAGACCCCCAGGUUCUGUUUGCCGGAUACAAAAUCCCACAUCCAUUGGAGCACAAGUUUGUUCUUCGCAUACAGACAACCCCAGACUACACACCUCAAGAAGCCAUUACAAAUGCCAUUACUGAUCUCAUUUCUGAAAUCUCCCUCCUAGAAGAAAGAUUUAAGGACGCUGUACGAGAAAAACAAGAAGGCUCUCCUGUCUAAGCUGUUGUAUUCAAUUUGAUGUGUUACUUAUUCAUGUCCUAUGUUCCUGAUUUGUAUUAUUCACAAUGCUGCUAUGAAAAUAUUGUAAUGAAUAUGAUUAUAUUUUAUUUUGUUAUACUGUCAUGAUAAUUCUAUGAACGUUAAAAUUGUGAUUGUAUUUCACCUGAACGUAAGUUGUAAAAAUAUGUUGUGGAUAGCUGGAGAGAAAAUGUGUUGUGGAUAGCUGGAGAGAAAAUGUGUUGUGGAUAGCU